AUGCUGAUCGACACUAGUAGUACUUCCGAUUCAACGACUAUAAUUGAUUUGGAAAAUCGUUACUACUACGUCAAUCCGAGACAUGUAAAUACGGAAUUUAAUAUUGAUGGAUUCAAAUGGAGGAUCAUAUUUGAAAAACAACAAAUCGUCUUCACCCUUUUAUCCGAAGUAUCUGAAUUUACCUCAAUUGAUCUCAUCAUCACUUGCACCGAUUUCAUCUCUAGUUCCACUUUCACCUCACAAUUCGCGAGAAGUGGAGAGUCAGUUGUUCAUCAGUGGCUGCCUGGCGGCCACCACGUGCAGCUAGAAAUUGACCAGACCAUUCAUGAGAGCCAAUUCGAUGGCAUAGACUUCAGUCGUCCUUUCGAGCAGACCAAUGCUGUCCUACAAGUGGAAGAUGAAGAGUUUCAUGUCCACACAUUUCUGCUCAGCAUGGUCUCACAAUUCUUCCGUGUUCUAUUCAACGGUCCAUUCUCCGAGUCUUCCGACCUCACGAAACCAAUCGAGCUCAAAGGGAUCUCGUCUUGUUCAUUUAGAAACUUGCUAAAUUGCAUAUACGCUUAUCCAACUGGAUUUAGAAUUACUCGGGCCAACAUCACUGAGCUUUUGGAGCUAAGCCAUUACUAUGACUGCCAACGGAUCACAAUGCUCUGCGAAAACAACUUGAUGUACGAUGUACGCUGCAACGUCCGCUCAAAGCAGAAAAUGGAAUUAGCCAUCCGUUAUGAUCUUGAAUCUCUGAAGAAUCACCUUCUUCUCCAGGAACCCCGUCUUGUCGAUCUUCUUGCUCUCAACUAA